CUGUGUGCAUAUGACAUCAUGGAUCCUUAUCAGUUGCCGGUCAUACGCUGAUAAGACCUCCCCAGUUCUCACACGAGUUGGAGGAACAUCGACGACAAGACAUUUUCAACACAGUUCUGAUCAUCCUGCUGAAUUCGAAUCUCUCGUACUUUGCAAAGUGCAGUCAUGAAGUUGGCGUUUGGUCUUGUUAUCUUUGGUUUGCUUGCCAGGUUGGCUCAUGCUGCGAGCCUGGUCCGCCUCCCAAAUCAACAUGUUUUGGUUGGUGAGCUCGACAAUGGAGACCAGCCACCAACAAAACUUCCGCACGAAGUCAGAAAGGCAAAGCAGAGAUCAUUCCAACUGGUGAGUCGGAUCAUCGUCGAGAAAACCGGAGUGACCUCGCAGUUGACGAUCGCCAAUACAGUCAUGGAUGACUUCGUUCCUACCUUGGACCUAAGAGUCAAGUGGUCCCAUGGUAACAAAGCGUCUUUGGGUAAUACUCUCAAGCCAAAAGACCUUCAAGAUCCCCCCUCCAUUCGUCUCAAGGACUUGGUGGCGUCUACAACAUGCCUUCGUCGCUCUAGCACAAGUCUCGUGAUUGUCAUUACCGAUCCUGAUGCCCCGUCCCGAGAUGACCCCAAAUGGUCUGAGUUCUGCCACUGGAUUGCUGUUGGUCCGCUCGUAACGGCGGAUUGUCCCAUCAGCGACGAACAAACCCAAAUCCAUGGAUGUUGUCCGUCUGUUUCACUCGGUACCUUGGAGGAUAUCGUGUCUUAUACACCCCCGGCUCCACCCGAAAAGACCGGAAAGCACAGAUAUGUCAUCUUGGCCCUCGCGCCGGUCAAUGGAACGAGCGAGAAGUUGCAUUUGUCGACACCGAAGGAGAGAAAGCGCUGGGGAUACGCCAAACCGGUGAACGGCAAGACGCAUGGUGUAAGAGAAUGGGCAGUUGAGAAUGGACUGGUACCCUUUGCGGCGAACUUCAUCUAUGCGCAAAAUGAGAAACAGUGAUAUCGACAAACAUUUGUUCAGUGAUGUGAGUGUUCUGGGCUUUGUGGACAUGCAAAUCAUGUUGAUGGGCGUGAAAGAAGACAAAAAAAAAAAAGAAAUGAGCAACAAAAGACGACUGUUAGACGUACAAACACUCCCAUAGAACCUGUGCUUACUUAAACAAAGCGUCAAAAAC